CAUCUCUUCUCCCACUCUCUCUCUCUCUCUCCCAUACCUAAUUCUUUUCUUUUCCCUACAGUAUUAGUUAGUUAGUCUGUCUGUCUGACUACCUACUACUUGUACUCACACACUCCCUCUUCUCUGCCUUACACCUAUAUACCUUUUAAUACUCCUCCUCCUCCUCCUAAUCGCCAUCUUCUGGCUCCAACUCCCUUCCCCUAUAACCUGUCUCGACCAACUGGGCUAGCCGCACCUGCCACUCCUAAUUGCUUCGCCCACCACCGUCACAACCACAUAAACAUCCUCCUUCCCUGGAAAAGAGACUCCCACUCGUCUCUCAACACCACAAUCAUGAGGAAAAACAUCAUCAUAUUCCUCGUCGUCACUUGCGCCGUCCUGGGCUUCGCCGUCCACAGCGUCUGGACUCUCCUCACCCUGCUCUUUGUCGACGGUUCCGAGGAUGCCAUAUCUCGCGCCGAGCUCCCUGCCCCCAAUUCUGGCGCAAUCAGCGAGGUCCCUCAAUUGAUCCCCAAGAUCAUUCACCAGACGUACAUCAACGAGAGCAUACCUGCGCAUUGGAAGGGUCCCCAACAGAGCUGCAUCGAUCUCCACCCAGACUACGAGUACAAGCUCUGGACCGACAAGAAGGCACGCGAGUUCAUUGCCGCCGAAUACCCUUGGUUCCUCGAGACAUUCGACGGCUACCCGUACCCCAUCCAGCGCGCCGAUACCAUUCGAUACUUCGUCUUGCACCACUUCGGUGGCAUCUACAUUGACUUGGACGACGGAUGCAACCGCAAACUCGACCCGCUCCUCGCAUACCCAGCAUGGGUUCGCCGAACAAAGCCCACCGGUAUCUCCAACGACGCCAUGGGUGCUGUCCCUCGCCAUCCCUUCUUCCUUAAGACAAUCGACUCGCUGCCCGAGUACAACCGCAAGUGGAUCAUGCCUUACAUCACCGUCAUGGCCUCCACCGGUCCCCUCUUCUUGAGCAUCAUCUGGCGCCACUACAACAACCUCAAGCCGGAAGGUGAUGCCCGUCUUCGUAUCCUCUUCCCCGAUGAGUACAACAACCACCCCUGGAGCUUCUUCACCCACCACCUCGGAAACAGCUGGCACAACAACGAUGUGAAGAUCAUCUUCUGGAUGGCGCAACACUGGAUCUUGAUUACCUUCCUCGGCUUCGUCAUUGGAUUCUCGAUACUUGGCUGCAUAUACACCCUCAUGAUCAAGCCUCGCCAACAAAACGGUCCUCCGUCAAAGAGCCGAUUCUCCUACGUCCGACUUCCCUUCUACCGCCGAGUGAGCCAGAAGGAGUUCGAGCUCGACGACCGCCACAAGGUGUAAAAAAAAGUUUC